AUGUAGAAAUCCUGGGAAACCUUAUGUAAGAAUCUCAGAAGUCCUUUCCUUUAACAUUUCUUGGAUAUUUAAACUCUCAUCGAUGAACUUGCUCAAUAAAUAGAUCAACCUUAAGUAUCUCAUGAAAUCGCAAUUCAAAUUUAAGAAAUGAUAUCCCAAAUCGUUUAGAUUAUAGAUAUUGAACACUAAAAUCUACUCGAUGGUUUCGAACAGAGUGUCUUGUUAUUUGCAUAAAUAGAUUCAGAUGAUCGUGUCAAGUAGUUUGAAACAUUAAAUCUCAUUUAAGAGUUGUUUAAUAAACUAGCUCUAUCCUAUUUCUAUAGCGAUGAUCUCCUGGAGGAGAAGAAGGUUUAAAUGCCCAUAAAUGAUGGCACUUCGACUUGUUCUGAUUUCUCAGAUGAUAAUUUUGAAGUAGAAGACUUUGAAGCUCAAGUAGCUCAAGAGCUCUUUCAAUAAAUUAAAGGCAAACUACAGGAACCAGAAAUCGAGUAGAAAUGUUACCAAUUCUAAUUUACAAUCUUCUAGGAGGAAUUGAACAUUAUGGACUUUUUUAACGAUUCACUUGAAUUGUAAAUUAAGGAGUAUGAUGUCAUUGUGUUUUUAAAUUAUUCAGGACUCCUCCAGAAAUUGAUGAAUUAUAAGUAGGACAAUCAAUUGGAAUUCUUUGUUGGUCAAUUGUAUAUAAUACUAAACAAAAUUAAAAAUGAUGAAGUAGAUUCAUUGAUAGAAACUAAUUGUUUUGAACUUAAAUACAGUAGACUCUCACAAAGGAAAUUCUUGAGGUGUAAGAUCCUCUCUAACUUAUACACUAAAUUAGUAUAUGAGAAAUUGGAUAGAUGGAGAAAGACUCAACAUAUUCAAGAAAUACAAGGCGAGAAUUUAAAAGCCUUGAGACGUUUCAUUGUUUAGCAUAAGGCUCCUUUAAGUAGAUGGGAAGUCAGUAUUCUAUCUAUUCAAGAUGUUCAAAUCAAUAAUGAAAAUAUUCUUGACAAAUUUCAAAAAUUAGUCAUUGCCCUAUCACUCCCUUAUGACUUGCUUUUAGAGAAUUUCAACAUUUUGGAUAAAUUGUAUGUCAAUUUACAAUAAUUCUAAAAAUGGUUUAAAUUGAGUUCAAUUCCAUUUACAGUCUCUGAAAUCUCUUCACUAUUUAAAGAAGUCAGUUAAACAUAUGGUUACUAUACUAAUUCAGGUAUCAAAGUUAUUCAAAGGGUUGAUUUCUAUUAGUUUUUAGAAGCUGUUUACGCUCCUAAUUAAAACGAAAAGACUGCCAAGGAAAAGCCUGAAGUAAAAAGUGUCAAAUAUAAUGAUGAAAUUACUAUCCAACAGUAUAAUCGUCACCUAUAACUUAAAGUCAAUGAUUUGUAAUUAUAACUUAAUCAAAAAAACGCGACUGUCGAUUAACUAAAAAAGGCUCAACAGGAAACACAAUAAACAACUAGAAUCAAGACCAAAUCUAAUAAUGAGAUAAAGGAUAAGGAAUCUGAAAUCAAAAUUGAACUAUUACAUUAAGCAGAAAUCAACUCCAUUAACAAUGAAACUUAGUAGCAACUUAAAGUAGUAGAACUUAAAUGGAAAAAUAAAACCAAAGACUUGUUGUUUGACUUAGAAAAUAAAGAUAAAUAGAUUGAUCAAUAUCGACAGCAAAUUGAAGCUUUAAUGAAAGAACUUGAAUGGGUAAAAACAGAAAGAAAGACCAAAUGA